AUGGUAGACUAUAAUUCAACCAAAGGAGAGCCCUCCCAGCAGGCAGAGGCUUCAACAAGUCAAGCUCCCAGUUCACAGGUGGAGUCCAGUCGGGGACGCAGUUCCUCUGUUGCUUCUGGAUCUUCCCAAUCAAGUUACCGAAGUCCAAAGGAUGCUCUACGCCAUCGUAUAUUGCACUUGUCUGAAUUGCUGCGGGUGGAGAAGGCCAAUCAUGAUGACAACCUCUCCAGUUAUGUGGAACUGGUGAGCAAAGCUGAUCGGGAAAAGGCACCCUCCAUCCGUCAAGCAUUUGAACGUAUCAACCAACGCUCCUCAGCUAAUAUUGCUCAUCUUGAACAGCGUCUGCAGGAUUGCAUAGCCCAGCUGAGGAGAUUAGAACAGAGAUACUUAUCUGUGGACAGUGGUGCCACCUCUACCCAGCAGCAACCCCUCAAGGGCAACGUGACCCAACAAGGGCCAUAUCACAUACCCAAGUUCCGCCCUACAGAACCUACUUUAAUAGAAGAAUGCUCCGUCCAAGAGAACAAGGAAAAUGAGUCUGUCUCAGAGGCAGGCCUUGAAGAGGAGAGCAAAAAGAAGCUUCAGGAGCUGAAGAGCCAGAUCUUGGAGCUAACGGAAUAUCACAAAGUCCUAGAGAAUGAGUGGCACGUUUUGGACGAGGCUUGGAAAGCUGAUAAAAAGCAAAUUAUGGAACUCCUACAGGAGGAAAAGAAGAGGCACUAUCACCUGGAAAUACAAGUGAAUGAUGUGGUACAACUAAAUAUCAAUGAAAUCACCAACCUCAAACAUGAUCUGGCCUGCACUGAGGAGAAGAUGGUGUAUCAGUCUUAUGAGAGGUCCCGGGAUAUCUGGGAGGUGCUGGAUUCCUACCAGACCCGGCUUGCCAAACUGGAAACGCAGCAGCAAGCCCAACAGCAGGAGGCAAUGGAGGUACCCCAGGCCAGCGUGUAUAAACUUUAUGGACAGCUCAUGAACCUCCUGUUGACCAUUGCUGCCAUUCUCCUGGUGUGUUUUUCAACGAUUUCAGCUUGUGUCCUUCCUCUUCUGCGUACUCGCUGGCGGGCCAUGUCCACUCUAAUUGUGAUCAUCAUCUUAACUGCUGCCUGGAAUUACUUCCCUGACAUUACUGAGUUAGAAUGGAAAACAUGGCUUCCUUCAGCUUGGUAG